CGAAAACCGGCGGUUUGAACCGGCGCGGGUCGAAACCGAACGGACAAGUCUACCUUCACCUUCGUUUGCUCCGCCGCCGCCGCUUUCCUGCUUAUUUUGUUCACCGGAAUAUAUGGAAUACGAAUUGGAAGCUAGAAGAAUCUGUAAUGGCAUCACUGUCUUCCAAUUUCAUCCAAUUGCAUAGAUAAUAUCGAAGAUGUUACUGCCGCUGAUUCCGAUUUUGAAUUCACUUCCAUGGCGCUUGCAAAACCGACCCCAAUUUCAUCCUCGUGUUGUUAAUUCAACUGUUUCUUCCAGCCCCAGCUCCAAACGAAGAUGCGAUUUGUACGAUUUGCACAAGGAGCUCGUUCCGUACGCCGAAGCCUGGGCAUGGCAGAAUGCUAUUGUCGAAGAGAAGAAAAAACUAAAUAAAAGCGAUGAAGAUUUUGCCGAUUCUCUGAUAAUUCUUCAACACCAUCCUGUUUACACUUUGGGCGCCGGAAGUUCUGAAGAAUUUCUGAAUUUCGAUGCGAAGAGUUCUCCGUUUGAUCUGUACCGUACUGAACGCGGCGGUGAAGUUACCUAUCAUGGCCCUGGUCAGCUAGUCCUGUAUCCUAUUCUCAACCUUAGGUAUUACAAGAUGGAUCUGCAUUGGUACCUGAGAGCACUCGAGGAGGUCAUCAUUCGUGCCUUGUCCUUCGAAUUUGGGAUUGAAGCUUCUCGUAUUAACGGCUUGACUGGCGUUUGGGUUGGCGAGCAGAAAUUGGCGGCCGUUGGUAUAAAAGUAUCUCAGUGGAUAACUUACCACGGCUUGGCAUUGAAUGUGACCACAGAUACAUCACCAUUUCGGGAUAUAGUUCCAUGUGGGAUUCGGGAUCGCCAAGUUGGCACCGUAAAGGGCCUUUUGAAAGAAAACUUCGGGCUCCCAGAAGAUAUACUUGCCAUUAAUGAUAACCAAUUGCUCGAGAUUACUUAUAAGUCACUAAUUGAUGCAUUUUGUGAAGUUUUCCAGGUUGAGCUUCAAAUGAAAAAUUUGAAGAACUCUUUAGUUGCCGCGCCAAUGAGCUAA